AGUAGAGUAGCUUCAGUUAGUCGUGUAUGAUGAUGUAGUUUUGACAAAUAAUCUAUAUUUAUUAACUUAUUUAUUCUUCGAUGUAUAGUGGAUUUGAUUCAGCAAAAUGGACGCAUCUGAUGUAACUCUUAAUUUUGGAGAAGAGGACGAAAUUGACAGACAGAAAAAACUCAAACACCCUGUUGCAGUGUUUUGCCAUUUAGUGUUCCGAGUUUUAGCAGUCUUAAUGUUUAUUUUAUGUGGAUGGUUUAGUACAAGUUUUAUCACAAACUUCAUUCUGAUAGUCAUUCUGCUGUCAAUGGACUUCUGGACAGUUAAAAAUAUAUCAGGUAGAUUGUUGGUGGGAUUACGCUGGUGGAACUACGUAGACGAUGAUGGAGUUAGUCACUGGGUGUACGAGUCUAGAUCAAAGAGUCAAAAUAAGGUCAAAGUGUCUGCAGCAGAAGCAAGAAUAUUCUGGUUGUCUCUUAUAAUCUGUCAGCUCAUCUGGAUUGUUUUUGUAUUUGGAAGCAUAUUUGGAUUAAAUUUAAAGUGGUUUAUGGUGGCUUUGGUUGGUGUAAUAAUGAAUGGAGCCAAUCUGUAUGGCUAUAUCAGGUGUAAAUAUGGAUCCAAGACAAAACUUUCAUCAGUUGCCACCGGAUUUUUAGGGCAGCAGAUCUGGUCUAAGAUGACACGACAAACAGAGGAUCAGGAGCUGCAGAAGUAGAGUUAUUUUCUAAUUAAAUCCACUGCUUGUUUAUUAUGACUCUGUAUAUAAAUGUAACUUGUAUGUAUAUUUGUUAAUUGUAAAAUAUAUGUACAUGUAACUAAUAUAGCUGUUAACUAUUCUCAGAGGGUAAACACUAUGGUUAGGAUGUAUUCUGUGUGUAUGUACAAGUUAAACAUUCAGUAGUCUUAUUUUACAGUAUUAAAUAUGUAAUGAUUGUGUAUAAUGAAAUGCUGUAUUUACUGUG